GAUUGUAACAGUGAAGAGGCAACCUCUCUACGGUCGUUAACGUUUUAGUAAAAUGGAGCAGCAGACUGUACCAGACUUUAAAGAUGAGAUGAGGAUGGAAGAAGAAAGUACUUCACCGGAAUUGAUCAAGACAGAGAUUAAGCAGGAGGAAGAUAAACUUCUUGUUAAAUCAGAAGUGCAUUCGAAUGCAGUUUCUCAGUUGGAUUAUCCCAACCAGGAAUCAGCAAUGCAGUGGGUUCAUCCCAAUAAAAAUGCUCACAUUCGCUCUGAAUGUUCCUACAAUGCAAGAUGCAAAGAUGAGAUGAAGAUGGAAGAAGAAAGUACUUCACCGGAAUUGAUCAAGACAGAGAUUAAGCAGGAGGAAGAUAAACUUCUUGUUAAAUCAGAAGUGCAUUCGAAUGCAGUUUCUCAGUUGGAUUAUCCCAACCAGGAAUCAGCAUUGCAGUGGGUUCAUCCCAAUAAAAAUGCUCACAUUCGCUCUGAAUGUUCCUACAAUGCAAGAUGCAAAGAUGAGAUGAAGAUGGAAGAAGAAAGUACUUCACCGGAAUUGAUCAAGACAGAGAUUGAGCAGGAGGAAGAUAAUUUUCUUGUUAAAUCAGAAGUGCAUUCGAAUGCAGUUUCUCAGUUGGAUCAUCCCAACCAGGAAUCAGCAUUGCUUUGCUACCAGUGGGUUCAUCCUAAUGAAAAUGCUCACAUUCGCUCUGAAUGUUCCUACAAUGCAAGCAAAAAUACAGCUUCAGUUUUACAUCAGAUGACUCAUACCGGUAAAAAACCAUAUAAAUGCUCUGAAUGUUCCUACAGUGCAAGCCAAAAAUCACACCUAGUUCGCCAUCAGACAACUCAUACCGGUGAAAAACCGUUCAAAUGCUCUGAAUGUUCCUACAGUACAAGCGUAAAACAAAUCUUAGUUCGCCAUCAGAUGACUCAUACCGGUGAAAAACCAUAUAAAUGCUCUGAAUGUUCCUACAGUUCAAUCCAAAAAUCACACCUAGUUCGCCAUCAGUGGUCUCAUACCGGCGAAAAACCGUUUAAAUGCUCUGAAUGUUCCUUUAGUACUGGCUGGAAAUCAGCCCUGGUUUCCCAUCAGAUGGUUCACACCGGUGAAAAACAGUAUAAAUGCUCUGAAUGUUCCUACAGUUCAAGCCGAAAAUCACACCUAAUUAACCAUCAGAUGACUCAUACCGGUGAAAAACAGUAUAAAUGCUCUGAAUGUUCCUACAGUGCUCACUGGAAAUCAACCCUGAUUUCCCAUCAGCGGACUCAUACCGGUAAAAAACCGUUUAAAUGCUCUGAAUGUUCCUACAGUUCAAACCGAAAAUCAAACCUAGUUAACCAUCAAAUGACUCAUACCAGUGAAAAACCGUACAAAUGCUCUGAAUGUUCCUACAGUUCAGGCCGAAAAUCACACCUAAUUAACCAUCAGAACACGCAUACCAGUGAAAAACAGUAUAAAUGCUCUGAAUGUCCCUUUAGUACUGGCUGGAAAUCAGCCCUGGCUUGCCAUCAGAUGACUCAUACCGGUGAAAAACAGUAUAAAUGCUCUGAAUGUUCCUACAGGUCAAACCGAAAAUCAAACCUAGUUUACCAUCAGAUAAAUCAUACCAGAGAAAGCCCGUAUAAAUGCUCUGAAUGUUCCUACAGUACAAACCGAAAAUCGAGCCUAGUUAACCAUCAGAUGGCUCAUACCAGUGAAAAACCGUACAAUUGCUCUGAAUCAGAAGCUGAAUACUCCUACAAUUCAGAACAAAAAUCAAACCUAGUGACGCAGAUGACGCACAUCGGCGAAAAACCGUAUCAGCAAAAUGACAUAGGAAAAAACUCACAUAUUUUUCAUGAAAACGAUCAGGCUUCGAAUAACUUUCAAAAAGGUAGUGUUGGAGAACCCAUUUUUGUGAAGCCUCUACCUUUCGUAAAGCCUCUAACAUUUGUUAAGCCUCUGAACCUCGCUGACACCUUUCUUUCCAGUUCCAUCUUCCCUCCCAGUUCCUUCUCCAGUAGCCAACCAGAAUCUUACAAGUCUCACCCUGCAGCUCCUCUCACCUUCUCACCUGGUGAAUCUGUUUUCACACCUGCUCCCACUAUCCCACCUACCUACUCUACAUGACAAUGUUUCCUUUCCCCCUUUCAUAUUUCCUGCCAGUACAGCGACCAUGA